AGUUAUUUACUAAAUGCUCGAUAUUUCAAGUAAAUGUUAAAUUAAGAGAAGAAUUUUCUUCAAAUAAAGUUUUAAAUCAAGCAAAAAAAUGGCACUGCGAGGGCUGUUUUUGGCUUUAAUUUUAAGCUUCUUAUCGGGAUUGUUAGCUGAUACAAUAGCAGACGUGAAGGUUUCGAACUUGAGAACGUCUGAUGAAAAGAAUACUUACAACGUAAAUGCGAACGAAGGUGAAUACCUGACAUUUGAACUUAAGGCAGAUUUAAAGAAUUUAGGAAAUGACGAUAUAUUGACACCAUCUUUGCCGCUUACUGAUAAUUUUGAACUUCUUGCCGGAUUUCUAAAGGUGGACGGUUCAGUUGGUAAUACAUGGCCGGAAGCGGCGUCGUCCGACAGCGAUAUAACACUAAAAAAUGGAGAAUCUAAGACUAUUGAGCUUAAAAGACGAGUCAUGUACAAAAAAUCUCUUUGCGAUGAUUUUCUCUGUCUAUGCGUGAAAGCUACAAGAGUUUUUAAAGAUAAAACUUAUAUCGCUUACAAGGAUCAAAACACGGAGAAUGAUUUAGCUUGUAUUAAAGUAACUUGCAAUUCUGCUCCUGCUACAGGUGUAUCUGAUGUACAAGUGUCAAAUCUGAGGACAAAGACUGAUGGUGUUAAAUAUAAUAUAAAUGCUGAUGAAGGUCAAAAUAUUAAAUUGGAAUUUAAAGUCAACCUUAAAAAUCAUGGAACAGAAAAUAUUGAUUCUCCAAAAGCUCCACUAAACCAUAAUUUCGAUAUUAGACUUGGACUUUUGAAAUUAGAUGGAUCAAUCGGAAAUACAUGGCCCAAGGCAUCUUCCGGUGAUAGUAGUACAACCUUAUAUAACAAACAAACAAAGACUAUUUCUCUUUAUCGUCAUAUUACAUUUAAGAAAUCGUUAUGUAACUCAAAAGUUUGUGCUUGCGUCAAAGCUGAACGUCACUUUUCGAGUGGAAAAACACAUUUGGCUUAUACUGAUCUCAAUACAAACAAUGAUUUGGAUUGUAUGGAUAUCGUAUGCGAAGCUGAUAAUAUUCAAACUGAUUCAGAUGUUAAAGCUUCAAACUUAAGAACUGUAGAUAAUGAAAAUGAAUACGAAAUAAGCGCCGAUAAUGGUGAUAAAGUUACCCUUAACUGGAAAGCAACACUCACAAAUCUGGGAGAUGGUGAUGUAUCUUCUCCGACAAAUCCAUUAUCGGAAAAUUUUGUAUUUCGCGUUGGAAUACUUGGCCUUGAUGGUACUAUUGGAAAUGUUUGGCCUGAAGCACUCUCUUCAGAUACCGAUAUAUCUCUAAACAAUGGCCAAUCCAAGACAGUUUCCUUCAAACGUGAUAUUACUUUCUCCAAGUCGUUAUGUGGUGAUACAAUCUGUUUGUGCGUUAAAGCCAUGAGAAAAUUUGUUAAUGGAAUGACUUAUAUUGCAUAUACGGAUCCAGACACCAGUAACAAUUUGGCCUGCAUGAAAAUUAAGUGCUCGAAAACCGACGGGCUUACUGAUGUAAUGGCAUCUAACUUGCAGAGAUUCAACGAUGAUAAUGAAUAUGUGAUAAAUGCCAAUAAUGGCGAAAUAGUUUCACUUGAUUUGAAAGCAAGAUUGAAAAAUUUGGGGCAAGGCGAUAUUGGUUCACCACAGUCUCCUCUGACCGAUAAUUUCGUCUUGCAAGUUGGUAUAGUAGGUUUAGACGGAUCAUCGGCAGGCAACUGGCCCAAAGUGUCGUCAAACACCAAAGCCAGUCUGAACGAAGGUCAACACAAAACUUUCUACAUGUCAAGAAAAAUUAAAUUCUCGAAAUCGUUAUGUGGCGACAAAAUCUGUCUCUGUGUCAAGAGUUCAAGAGUAUUUAGAAAUGGUAAAACCUACAUUGCAUAUAACGAUCCAAAUACGAGCAACGAUGCAGUUUGUAUGAAUAUUGUCUGCGAUAAUGGUUUGUCAGAUGUUGAAGCUGUCGACCUGAGAACUUUCAGUAGUGAUUUUGAAUAUCAAGUUAACGCCAAUAAUGGUGAAACAGUUACACUUGAAUUGAAAGCCAGACUUAAGAAUCUCGGCGAUAAAGAUAUUGGAUAUCCCAAAUCUCCGUUGACUGAAAAUUUUUCUUUUCGUGUUGGUCUACUUGGUCUUGAUGGAACAUCAGCCAAUGUUUGGCCUGAAGCGUCUUCGUCUGAGAAAGACAUAACGCUUAAUAAUCAACAAAUGAGAGAAGUCAAGAUGACUAGAAAAAUUAAAUUUUCUAAAUCACUUUGCGGCGAUCAAAUAUGUCUUUGCGUAAAAGCAACGAGAAUGUUUAAAAAUUCAAAAAGUUAUGUAGCUUAUAUAGAUCCCAAUACUGCAAAUAACUUGGCCUGUAUGAAGCUUGUUUGUGAUGGUGAAAAUCUUGUUGGGGUUUCCGACGUUGAAGUUUCUAAUCUUCGAACUAAAAAUGAUGACAAUGUCUACAAAAUUGAUGCUGAUAACGGUGAUAGCGUUACUCUUAACCUUAAGGCAAGAUUACGAAAUCUUGGAGACAGUGAUAUUGACUCUCCUCAAAGUCCUUUUUCGGAAAACUUUGUUUUCCUUGUUGGAAUUUUGGGUUUCGACGGACAAAUUGGAAACACUUGGCCCAAGGCCAGUUCUGCUGAUACCGACAUCAGUCUCAAUCACGGCCAAUCGCGAACCGUAUACAUGACAAGGAAAAUAAAAUUCUCUAAAUCAAUGUGCGGAGAUAGAAUUUGUUUGUGCGUCAAACCUAAGAAAGUCUUCUCUAAUGGAAAGAAUGAAGUUGCCUACGUAGAUCCAAACACAGGAAACGAUUUGGCUUGUAUGUUAAUCGAAUGCGAUAGUGACUCAACCCCAAUGGCUGAUGUUAGAGUAAAUUACUUACGAACUGGUAGCAAUCGAAAUGACUACGAGAUUACAGCCAACAACGGCGAAACGCUCACUCUUGAAUUUAGAUCUGAACUUGAUAAUCUUGGACCAGACGACAUCAACUCUCCACAGUCUCCAUUGAAUGAUAACUUUGUUUUCAGAGUCGGAAUUCUUGGCGCCGAUGGCUCAAUUGGUAAUAGUUGGCCAAAGGUGUCUUCUUCUGAUACAGAUAUAUCAUUGAAUGACGGACAACGCAGAGUUAUAAGAAUGUCGCGAAAGAUCAAAUUUUCAAAGAGCCUAUGCGGCGAUAAAAUUUGUUUCUGCAACAAAGCUGCCCGAAUCUUGAAAAACAGUAAAACUCAUAUCGCUUAUAUCGAUCCGAAUACUGCCAACGAUCUGGCUUGCAUGAAUAUCGUUUGUCCACAACCAAAUCCUUUGACAAAUGCUGAUGUUGAAACAUCGCAAUUGAGAACAAUGAAUAAUGAAAUUGUUUAUGGAAUGUCUGCCGAAAAUGGAGAUACAAUUACUAUCGAAUUAAGAGCCAGACUCAGAAAUUUGGGACCUGAUGACAUUGACUCUCCAACUUCGCCAUUCUCUGACAACUUUGUAUUUAGAGUUGGAAUUUUUGGACUCGAUGGAACAGUUGGUAACUCGUGGCCAAAAGUUUCUUCAUCCGAUACUGAUAUAAGCUUGGAUCGCGGUGAAUCAAGAACUGUGACGAUGACUAGAAAAGUAAAAUUUUCGAAAUCAUUUUGCGGUGAUAAAAUCUGCCUUUGUACUAAAUCGACCAAACUGUUUAUUGAUGGUAAAAAUCGAGCUGCGUACGUUGAUCCGAACACAGAGAAUGAUUUGGCAUGUAUGGAUAUUUCCUGUGAGCUUGAUCCAAUUAUUGACGUUCAGUCGGAUGUAGAAACUUCGAAUUUGAGAAUGGAAUCUGGAAAUCAACGCUUUGAAAUUGUUAAUCCUGAAAAUGGACAAUUUAUUAACUUUAACUUAAGAGCAAACUUAAGAAAUUUGGGUCCAGACGAUAUUGAUUUCCCUACAUCUCCUCUAACUGAAAAUUUUGUCUUUCGUCUUGGAAUUUUGGGCUUUGACGGUACUAUUGGAAAUUCAUGGCCCAGAGUUGAUUCACCAGACUCUGAUAUGCAGUUGGACGUGGAUCAAACGAGGACAGUUGCAUUAUUGCGAAAAGUAAAAUUCUCUAAGUCGUUUUGCGGAGACACAAUUUGUUUAUGUACCAAACCGGCGAGACAACUACAAAAUUCAGAGACAUUUGUCUCUUAUAUUGAUCCGAAUACGAAAAAUGAUUUGGCUUGUAUUGAUAUCGAAUGUAAAUAUGAUGAUUCUAAGGAUGUUUAUGCUGAUGUUGAAACAUCUGCAUUGAGAAUGCACUCUAAAGAAACAAAAUAUUUCAUCAAUGCAAAUAAUGGUGAUUCCGUUACUUUGAAUUUAAUAGUAAAUUUGAAGAAUCUUGGAAGAGAUAACAUACCGUAUCCGCAAUCGCCUCUUUCCGACAAUUUCGCUUUUCAUGUUGGAUUGUUAGGAUUGGAUGGAAGUAUUGGAAAUGCUUGGCCCAAAGUAUCAUCUAGUGAAUCCGAUAUUACCUUGAACGUUGGUCAAACUAGAACUGCUAGCCUUAAGCGAACAAUUAAAUUUUCCAAGUCGUAUUGUGGUGAUAAAAUAUGCGUUUGCACUAAAGCCGCUAGAGUAUUGAAAAAUUCGGAAACUUUUAUUGCUUAUAUUGAUCCAAAUACUGCUAAUGAUUUAGCGUGUAUGGAUAUAGAAUGCGAAACUUCUAAAGUGGACGUAAUGAUAAGCAAUUUAAGAGUAAAGGAGACUGGAAAAACAACUUAUGAAAUUGUACCUGAUGGUAGUAUUGUCGAGGUUGUUGCCGAUAUUGCGAAUAUUGGUGAUCAGGAUAUCGGAUAUCCAAAAAAUCCUCCUUCGAAGAACUUCUUCUACCGAUUAUAUGUUUUCCCACUUGAAUCAAACAGUAAACCAAAAGCUGAUGAAGCAACUCUGGAAGGAGCCACCUUAUUUGCCGGCACAACAAGAGGGGUUUCUAUAACCCGUUAUACGGUGACUCUGACUCAAGAAGAUUGUAAAAGGAAAGACUUGAUGAUAUGUGUUUCCGUUAAAGCUGUAUCUGAAUUUGAUGGCUCGGAAAAUGUAAUAUCGUAUAACGAUUAUAAUCCAACUAAUGACAUGACCUGCAUGCCCUGCAAGUGUACAUCAUCAGAAAUUACAGAUGAUCCUCAUAUUAUUGUUUGGCCAGAUACAACUGCAUUGAAGCCCCUUUGCUUUGAUCUAUUUGGACAAUCUGGAGACAGUUACAUUUUACUGAAUGAUACUGCUGCAGGAUGGUCUGUUUCGGCUACUUUAUUAGAUGACUUUUACUUCCAUAAAGUGAUCGUGAAAAGUCCUAGCAACUCUGUGGUUGUUGAUACUAAUGGAGUAAGACAGACGUCUAUGUUAUUUAACGGAGAAGAAGGAGCCUUGACAAUUGGCGAUAUCCUAAUGGUAUAUGAUCAAGCUACAAAAGCAAUAACAAUACAAACUGGCGAAUAUCCUGAUGAUUUAGAAGUUGAAAUUAAACUAGGCAGUCAUGCCUUUGGAGUAAAGCAUUUAGAUGUCGGAAUCCCUGACCGAAGGUUAACCAAACACGUAGGAGGAAUUCUAGGACACGUAAAAAGAAAUUAUCAAAAUGUUCACGAACCUGUACAAAGUGGCCAAAGGGUAGGUGUCGUUGUUAUGAAUAAUAGACCCUUUGAAGCCCUUUUGACUUAUCGAGGAAACGUAAAAUGUUGGUUCGUGAAAACAGAAACUGCGCUUUACCCAGUCAAAAAAGAAGCCUUUCUUAUCGGACAGUAG